GGAAAUUAAUGGUCGUUUGACAAUAAAUCAUGCAAUUUUCACACCAAGGCAAAAUAUUUACAAAAAAAAGGCAUUUAGUGUGUCAACAGCAUGUCGCCGAGACACUUAGCGUGUAGAAACAAAUUGUUAAAUUUAUACAAGAAAUAGCUCACGAAAUCACACUAUUUACAUAAAACAUUUAGUUCAGAACAUCGAUUCGCUAUGCUAAUUCCUUAUCUCCUUGACACGCGAUUUGCACAGACAUUGCCGAAACGCUAGACGCUACUGUAGGUGAGUGUAGUGCGCCUGCUGUCUGCGACACGUAUGCGGCCGGCGAGCGGAUUGCCCCACUGUGUGAAUGGAAAAUGGCCAUAAUAAGGCAAACGGACGUACUACAAUCAACCUGCAUACAAUAGCUUAGUAGUUUAGUUGUGUUCACAGCUUCCGACGCGCGGCCUUCUCUGAUGCGCUUACCGCGAGUUAUCACGAACUAAAUAAAUACAGCCACGCACACGAAUAUACGAAUAUUACGAAUCACAUGUGAAUUGGUCUUUAUUGACAUAGUGUUAAUUGUAAAUUGUAAUGUUGUUGAAACAUUAUCUAUUUAUUAGUAAACAUUUAAGUGAAAAGUUUGGAAUGUGUGAUAAACAAUAGACAUGAACUGUGAGUGUUUGUGUUGAAGUGUAAUUUACCGCGAAUGGUGUUUAUUUUAUGAAUUUUAAUGGUGACGGUGUUCACGUUAAGCGAUCAUGGCGCCAUCAAGCGACGGCCGCGCGUACUACUUCAGUUUAUGGCAGACCCACCUAACGGUUGCAAUGACUCGUAUAAAUUAAGCUACUCGGCUGAGCCGGGAGAUACAAUAGCAACAACCAAAGAAGAAGAAUGGGUGACUCGAAAGAAAAGCGAGGUGACAACGACCCGUCAGAUCGCUACCAGAGUAAAACGGGAACUAAUACUAGAAGAUGGUCGCAUACUCAGUGACUCCGGACCGAAGAUAUCUACCUCCGUCAAUGAAGACACGCACACCACCAAUUACCAACAAACUGAGCACCGGGUACCUGAUGAGCAACUUGCCGAGGAUGUAGAGGAGGAUGAAGUGGGUGGAGCUAUUGGUGCGCCUCCUGAUGAAGUGGACGGCUUCAUCACUGGUCGCGAGAUGGCGCCGGCUGGAGCCAAGGUCCUGGUGACGUCACUGGUGGUCGCGAACCCUGACGGCAAGGUGCGGGAGAGCCACGACAAGCGCGUGCUCACCAGGAACAUCACGGAGCGAGUGCAAGAGACCGAGGAGCGGAUACACAACGGGGAUACCACUCAUGAGGCUCUCAUAGCAGCUGUGAAUGAGACCCCCGAGGAAGACAUCCGCGAUGCUCUGAAGGUGCAGACCGACACACAGCUGGCGCUCGUGCCGCGCGGGCCCAAGGUCGUGAAGGACACCAUCGCUUACAACACUACCAUCACCACUGAUGACACCGAGGAGCUGCGGGCACUGCGCCCAGAUGGCACGAUAGUCACGGAGACACGCCACACUAAGGAACAGGAACGAGUGUGCGACGAGGAACUGUCUAAAGACGAGGCAAAGUCGCUGGCGAGUGACAAGAGCGUGGUGGAAGAGACUGGUGGCACAGAGAGACGCAAGCGAGUGGUCCUCGAACAGAGCACAGAUCUGAUGGCGGGCGGCUUGCGGGUCGCUACACAUCUCAAUUCGCGCUCUCGUACUGAGGAAGUUGAAAAAGAGGGUCAACCGAAUAUGGAUGACGACUGGGACAGUUUGUCCGUACGAAUGCGACGACAGCGCCGUCUCCGUCAAGCCGAUCACGACAAGGAUUACAAACGCCCGGUCGACUAUGACAUAGAAGAGGAAACACGCAAGAAGGAAACUUCGAAGUGGCUGGAGAACCACUUCGGCAGCGACUCGCGCUCCUCACACGAUUCCAUCGCCGAGGAAAUAGGACGACGACCAGAACCAACAUUCUUCGCGAAGAAGGCAGAAGACGAGGGCUACUACGGCAAGACAUCGUCAGUCCCACCACCACCUAUAUAUGGAGAUCGAGUUCUGCGCAAAACGAAAUCGUCGACGCCCUCAGACGAACGAACGGCAGCACCAGUGAACAGGACCGGUGGUUACUUCAAGGGUGUUGCAGACUGGUCACAGAGACGCGCCAGUAAACCCAGGAUGCCGGAACCACGCAGCUCGUCGCCAUCGCCACCGACGGUGCGUUCACCAUAUGCUAGUGACGAUCGAUUAAACGGCUCUUCCCCUAGGCAUGUGUACGGAAAACGCGACUCGCCUCAGGGAAGGUCAUCACCUAUCGGCCGCCGGCACCCGCCCUCGCGCGACGACUCCGCCUACGUUUCAUCGUCAACAAUGCAUAGUCCGCCGCGUGGCUCGCCUUUCCGGCCGCUAGAUGCCGAGCGCUCGUUCCGCGAGCCCUCGGUCGAGGACGACUAUCGGCCGAUUGCGCCGGAACGAAAACGACAAACGAAACAAAGACUGUCAGAGGAGCAUCGCUACGACAGUGGUUACAGAAGUUCAUCCAGAAAUGAAAAUUCUGGAAGGUCGCGCGACAGUCGUGAGGAAGGAGCGGUGGAGCCUCCGCCAGAUUACUCUCCUCCCAGGGAGAGGCGUGAAAGUUCAGACAGGGAUCGUACACCUCCAAGACGACGGGAUCGGGAUGAGCGUAAGCAAAACCAGAAAACACGUUUUGCUGAUAACCAGAGACGUCCUUCACCGGCACGAAAAUCAGUGGGGUCUGCAAUUGGAAAUUCAAUCCGAAAGUUGGUUGGGAAGAUCCGAUCAGCAUCCGCUGAGCGGCGUGCUCGGUGGCGCAACUCGCGGACGCCGUCGCCGGAGCACUCAUCUCGUACCUACAAGCAGUACGGCGGCGAGCUGGCGCCCCCCGUCGCGCCCCCACACCGCUACUACCUCGGUGAGGACCCCUUCGCGCCCAGCAUCUACGGCCGUGAGCAUAAGUACGAGGGCAGUUCAAGACGUGCAGCCGUCGUCGACGCCCGCGACCACCGCGAAAGGGGUCAGUUCUCGAGCACGCUGGGUCGAUUCAGUCACUCGACAAGUCGAUUGAAUCCGAACAGCGAGCCCGACGAGGAGUACACACGCAGCGCUCAGACGCUGCCGAGGAAGCUGCACGACCGCAAGGAGAAACCCACCGAAAAUCAAAAACCCAGCUCCAAUAAAUAUUGGCACCGACUGACACCGAACAAACGCUCCAGCAGUGCCGUAAACAUCUCCAACAACGUCACAACAUCCCCUGACGGCAAAAUAAACGGAUACCCACCAGGACCAGCGAAACCGGCACGGGCAUACAAAGCCCUCAAUAGGAGCAAAAGUUUUGCUAUGGGAGCUCCUGAACAGGAGACUCACCCGCGUUACGUGUCCACCAUGAACCGCAACUACUCAACUAUGUAUAAAUCGAACCCCCACCUUAGCCGGCUUGAUGAGACUCCAGAACAACUCAAAAGCCCAGGAAUCGUGUCGAUCAUCAAUCGCAGUCAACGCGACCUCGCUGACGCCGUAUCUCGUGAGACCGAGCGCAGGCGUGACGGUCUGUUUGGAGCUCGAUAUGGAAAAACAACCCCAUUGACAAACGGUCACACAAACGGCUACAGCAAAGCGUACGAUGAAACAGAUAAGAAAAAGAUAUUCCUUAAAGGGCUGCGCGAACGAGCGCCUGAAUUAUAUCAAACGUUGCACGCUGACGACGAAUCCGACGGUAGCAGGUUAUCGUCUCGAUAUGGCACACCGUCGCCACACUAUAAAGAUCGUAUAUCAGAGGAAAGGAAAACGCCUUUGUAUAAAACAGAAUCUCUUAAUAGGGAAACGAGUCCUUUUGUGUCCCGACUCGAUACAAGGAUAAAGUCGCCGGCGAUAAGGCGGGGUAGCAACAGUAGCGAUAACUUUUCCGAGACGUACCGGUACACCACACGCUCAGGUGAUCCCGAACGUCCGAGUGUCACGGACACAGUGGAAACAGUCAGCAAGAAGAUCGUGCCAUCCAGAGACGGACGCUCAAAGGAGAUUAUUGAAUCAAGGGAAAUAAACUCAGUGACUAAGAGCAGGGGGUACAAAGGCGAGCCAAUAUCGAGUCCGAAGUACAUAGAAAACGGUAUUCGCUCUUCGCCUAUCGUGUACGAUUCCAAGAACGGCCCUCUGUACUCCGAACGAAGGAGUAGUAACUAUAAAGUUAUCGAGAAAAUAAGAGAUUAUUAGUAACGUAUGACAUGAGAGUUAAUUUUAAAUGUUUAUUCUGCCAUAUUUUUUUCGAAUGUUCUAAAUGAAUCAGAGUCAUACACAGACUGAAUCUUUCAAACGCUUUAGUUAGUAAGUUGUCUAACUUUAUUAUCACUCACAGUAAUGUUGUUAAUGUUUGUAAGCUUCAUGUUAUCAUGUAAAAAGUCAUAGAGCUUUACUAAUUUAACUUUAAUAAGUAUUGGUAUAAUUCCGUCCAUUAAUAAAUUUAAAACAAUUUCGUGUACGUAAUUAAUUUACAAUCGAAAGCGUUAACUUUGUGAAUAGCUUUAUAUUUUUUUAAUAACAUGUAUUG